UCGCCGCUUCGAGCAGACGCCACGAUUCCUUUCGCCCCCCAUCUAUUCCCAGGAGAAGCCGGAGGCGGAGGAAGUGAGAUCGCGAGGAGCCGCAGGCGGAGAUGAAGACGUUCGACCCGUGGCCGGUGUUCUUCCGCCGGGAGUGGAGGCGCAACUGGCCCUUCCUCACCGGGUUCGCCAUCACCGGAUUCUUCAUCGCCAAGAUGACGGCCAACUUCACCGAGGAGGACCUCAAGAACUCCAAGUUCGUCCAGGAGCACAAGAAGCACUGACGAGGCCAGGUGGAGUUGUCCGAAUCGCCUAUGUGGUCGGCCAUUCUGCUAUGCCUGUCUGAAUGGGAAAAAUAGUUCCCCUCCCUUUUUCUCCCUUUUAUUUAAUCUGAAUGUGUGCACUCUAUGCUCCAAUGUAAUGUAAUAAGAGGCAAAUGAAUUGUUGAACCAAAAGAAUUCAGCUUCUGAUAAUGAUACUUAAGUGUGAUCCAGUUUACUGA